GUAAAUGUGAAAAGGAAGGAUAUACAUGCUUCUGAGACCUCAAACAUAUCAAACAGGACGGCGGUGACAUGACUCUGACAAGAGGAUCCUUCACUUACUCCACCGGCGAGGAGUACCACGGAGAAUGGAAGGAAGGCCGAAGGCACGGCACAGGUCAGCUGAAGUUCUCCGAUGGCACAUGCUACAUUGGCCAGUUCGAAAAUGGCCUCUUCAAUGGCUGUGGGGUCCUGGUGUUUCCUGAUGGGUCCAGGUAUGAAGGUGAUUUUGUCCAGGGGAAAUUCCAGGGUGUCGGAGUCUUCAGUCGCUUUGACGGGAUGAAGUUUGAGGGGGAGUUCAAAAGCGGACGCGUGGAAGGAUACGGGCUUUUGACCUUCCCGGAUGGGGCACACGGCGUGCCGCGGAACGAGGGCGUGUUCGAGAACAACCGUCUCCUGAGGCGUGAGAAGUGCCAGGCAGUGGUGCAGCGUGCGCAGGGCUCUGCUUCUGCCGCCCGCGCGCUCUCCGUAUGACCCGGGACAGGUGCCGCUCGUAGCCCGCCCCCCUCCCCAAGGCGCUCAGGAAUGGACGACAGGGUACCACCUUUCCCCCCUUCCCCUUGUACCCCCCACUCCCUCCUUUUUGCCUGCGAGCGGCCGGUGCUCUGAUCGACACCACCUCUGCCUGCCUCUCAGUGAGUAACUUCUGUGCUGAAGCAGUGCUGCCUUGGGUCAUUGCAGCUUCAUGUCUCUGGGAUUGCCUUGCCCCACCCCACACACACACACACACACGCAC